AUGGGUGAGAAAGAAAUCACAAUAAGGGAUGUAUACUUGCUGAUGCAACAAAUAAACUCCAAUCUAUCGGAGAAAAUCGAAAAAGUGGAACAGUCUACCCAGUCACUUUGUAAAACACUUAAAAGUGAAGUUGCAACUAACAAAGAAGAGGUACAGCUCCUUCAAGAAGAAAAUAAGCAAUUGAAAACCCAAUUAGAAAAAGUAGAGAGGAGACAAAGACAUAAUAACUUAGUAUUUUAUGGAAUAGAAGAGGAGGCAACAGAAACACAGUAUUUCUUGAUUGAAACAAUUGUAGAAAUAACAAGACAAAAAUUAGAAGUUGAACUGAAGGAGAGUGAAAUCAACGAUAUUUUCAGGCUAGGCAAAAAGACAGGACACAAGAGACCUGUCUUGAUUUCCCUUUUAUCCCACAUAAAACGACAAGAAAUUUUAAAAAAUGGACCAAAAUUAAAAAAUACAGGAAUUUUCAUAGCCGAGGAUCUCUCUGAGUCAGACCUUAAAGAACGUAAAAUUUUAAUAGGAGGACUGAAGGAAGCUCGAAACAACAACAAAAAGGCGAGCAUCAAGGGAAACAAACUGAUCGUGGAUGGAGAAGUAUAUACAGCUGGCGAUAUCUCACAUCCUGAUCAAAUCACAAGCGGAGAUUAUUUUUCACCUCCACAAAGAAAAAUUGCAAGCGAGCCUCCAACUCCCUCACCCAAGGAAAUAGAAGAAGAGGAACUCAAUGCUGUCUUCCCUACGCUAACCAAAAGGGACAGUAAAAAAGAAGAAGGCAUCCCCCCCUCAACCUCAAACCAAGGAAAACCCCAAGAAGAAAAGAAAAAAGAAGAACAGAAGCCGAAACCAAAAACAUCUUCAAUCAGCUCAUCCGGAGAAACGCCAAAAAAUCAACCAGAUCUAGUGCAAGACCAGCCAGGAAGUGAAACCCAGACUAUUUGA